ACGUGAAAUGACCAAACUGCCCUCCAUAUAAAAGCACAUGUAUCAACCCGUUAUUGGCCUUUGAUGAAAGGGAACUCAGCUCAACUCUCUCUCCUCUGUGUUGGAAGGUUGGCAAAAAUUGGGGGAAGUCCAGGUUGCGAGACAUGUUCCCACUGAGCAAUCCAGUUCGCAACCCAUCCAUCGUCCUAACCCAGAUGUCCUCAAACUUGGGACCCUAGUUUGGGCGCAGCGAAGCCGGAAGGCACGGCGUCCAUUGUUGACCUCCCGAUCGAGCUGACUGCUGCGAUUCCACAGAGAAGGGAAAGUGGCGACUUCCGGUGUCGUUGUGAACGGAUAAAUGGAUACAGUUGGAAUUUUGGUAUGCUACAAUGGAAAUUGGGUUAAGAAGGAUAACAUUGAGAGUUAUGAAGGUGGGGAGGCUAAAGGCAUAAUAGUGUCACGGAACGUAACGUUUUCCGAACUUGUUGAACGCAUUUAUAAGAUCAUGGAUGCAGAGCCCACGAAAUAUAGUGUCACAUUGAAGUAUUCAGUUCCUGUAUCCGCAUCUGUCAGUAAGCAGAUAAGGGUUGAAGACAAUGAUGAUGUUCAAUAUUUUCUCAAGUACAACACAGAUGUUAUGGCCUCUAAAGUAACCCCUUUAGUAGCAAGCUUGAAAAACAUCGAAGGGCAUGGUAUUGAAGGGUGCAAUGGCAUUGUAAGCGUGGAGAGUAGCAAUGCUCCUGCUACCUUUGUUGUGGAACGAAGAAAUGUGGCAAUUUCGCACAAUGAAACUGAAAAUGGUGGGAAUGGUUUUAAUUGGAGUGAUUGGGUUGAAGAAGUUCAUUUUGAAAGCGGUGAAAACAUAGUUGCUGAUUUCAAUCAACCUAGCAAUGAAGAGGAACCAUACUCUGCACCAAUUGUGCAUCCUCAUGAGGACAGCGGUGCGGAACCCUCCACUGUGCAGUGUAGACAGGUGCAAUCUGAACCUCCCCGGCAAUCAAGUUCGAGUGAAAUGCAUACAAUUCGGGUUGAUUAG